CUUGAAUGAUGAUUAAAUUAAAUUAAUCAACUAUCUAUAAUACUACGUUUUAAAAAGGCCGUCACAUCUCAGCGAUAUAGACACUGAUGGCGCAUCCCAUUUAUGUAGGGGUUGAGCAGAUACAAACUGUGGAAUAUAAGGGUGAAGACAGCUUAACAUAUGGGAAUGACUGGAUCAACAUCAUUGAAUCGGAUGCCCCGCUUGAAGAAUUUCCGUGGUUCCAUGGAAAUAUUUCUUAUGAUGAAUCUGAGAAACUUAUGAAAUAUCAGGAAGGUGGAACCUUUCUCGUACGACGAAGUCAAUCACACCCAGAUUGGUUUGUUCUUGUUGUUAAAAAGUCAACGUUUGGAAAACAAGUACACCAGUUUCAAAUCCAGUACACGAAUCUUGGUGAAUAUUUUCAAAUCGAAAGGGGCGAUAAGUUUUUCUAUAGUAUACCAAAACUUAUAGAACAUUACUCUAACCAUACCAUUAUCAAUCUUGGUAUACAAUUAACCGCACCAUUAGACAAACACCAAAUGAACGAAAUGAGAAACAAUCGUGAGUCGCCUUUUUUUAGCUCACCAGAGACGAAGGUUCAGGAUAAGCAAUUACUAUCAAAGGGGGAUACUCGUCGUCCGUCGUCAUGUGUAAACAAUCAUCUUCUAUGCAAAGGAUGGGCAACGUUACGUCGACUUUGGUCUGUAGCAUCCCAGUCAAAAAAUUGCUCAUACCUUUAAACAUCUUCUACUACUAAAUAAAAUGAUGGAUGGUCAAAAAGACCAACAUUUGUUUGUAGCAUUCUUAGGUAGUCCUGUAACAAAUUUGCUAAUCUUAAUUUGAUUAGCUCUUUCUAGGGGUCUCUAGAGUUAAAGAAAGAAAAAAAAACACAUUUCCUGUAUUACAGAACUAAGUGAUGGAUGGUCACCAAACGUUGUAGCAGUCUUAGGCAGUCUUUUAUCAAGUUUGCUCAUAUUAAUUUGAUUGGCCUCUUUUAGGGGCAGUUAAAGCUAGAAAAAAGAAAUACCCAAAAUGUCUCCUCCUACAGAUUUAAUCGAUUGAUGAUCACCAAGUUUUGGCUGCAGCAUUCUUGGUUAGUAUUUUGUCAAGUUUGCUCAUAAUAAUUUGUUGACCCCUUUGAGGGCCGCUAAAGUAAAACAUAAAAACACAUGUUUACAUCAGCUCCUAAAUAAUUAUUGAUGCAUUAUCACCAAAUUUUGUCUGUAGUAUUCUUAGGUAGUGUUUUAUCAAGUUUGCUCAUAUUAAUUUUAUCGGCCCCUUUUAGGUGCCGUUAAUGCUAGAAAUAGAAAUACUCUUAAAAGUCUCCUUCACCAGAAAUAUUUGAGGGAUGAUCACCACAUUUUGACUGCAGCAUUCUUAGGAAGUAUUCUAUCAAGUUUGUUCAUAUUAAUCUGGUUGGCACCUUUAAGGGGAUGCUUAAGCUAAAAAAAGAAAAUAUUUGAACAUCAUGUCCUACUGACUUAUUGAUGGAUGAUCACCAAAUUUUGUAUGAAGCAUUCUGAGAGCGUCUUUUAUCAAGAUUGCUCAUAUUAUUUUUAUCGGCCCCUUUCAGGGGCCGCUAAAGCUUAAAUAGAAAAAAAACCAACACUUGAACAUUAUUUCCAUUAUUCCUACUGACUUAUUGAUAGAUGAUCACCAACUU